AUGUCCUCUUUGGUACCCGUACCCACUGCGGCGCCUUUAACCCCCACGGUAAGACUCGCAAAGGUCAUCUCAGAAUUCAGCUCUGCACUUGACGAAAAAUACCGGCCAAUCUUCAAAACAUGGCAAACGCAUUCUCCUCCCUCCGAAAUCGACGUCAUCCGUCUUACGGAAGAAAUCAAUCGAGAUGGUUCGCGACUCCAUCAGACCUCUUGGAAGCCUUUUGGGACAAGACUUCUCAAGUUACUAGAUCAAAUCCAGCUUCUUAUCAAACCUGGCGACAUCUUAGUUGGUGGAUCUCAGAACAUGAUCGCAAGUGGCGUUUGGGCAACCGUGAGACUGUCUCUUGAGAUAGCGACCGGUCAUCUAUCCUAUUUUGAACGCCUUUCGCUCUUGCUCAUGCGUUUAGGACACGCAACUAUCAUCCAACGAGAUCGAGUCCUCUUAUUUCCCCACGACUCAGAUUUAAAGGCCCUUACUUGCGAAUACCUAACCGUUAUUAUCGAGAUGUGCAAAACAAUCAUUGGCUUCGAGAAGAAAGGUUUUCUUGCUCAAUUAGCUACGAGCACAUACUUAGAGAAAGAAUUCAAGGAAUUCGAGACACAAUUGGCAUUUUGGUCAAAAGUGAUCAACAAAAAACUUGCUUACUUGAAUGAAGCAUCCCAAGCUCAAGCCAAUACGUCAAUUGCGGCCAUUUCAGGUAGUCUAUCCUCGUGGGGCGAGUCGAGGAAGAGAAGAGCGGAGGAUUGGCGCAUUCAAGUACUUCGGCAGUUGUCACCGCAUCAAGAUGAGUUUGAAAGUACCUGGCGACGUGAGCGACGGAAGGGGUCUGUGGAGUGGAUCUUCGACGACGAGCAAUACAUGAAUUGGAGAUCGGCUUCCUCCUCAUCAACGUUGUUAAUACAUGGAUCGCUUGGGAGUGGUAAAACGGUUACCAUGGCCAAUAUUACAGGCAAGUUCUGGCCCAGCCUUUCCACUCAACCGCAGCCUGGCCUAUGUGCGGUAGCUUCAUUCUUUUGUCAAUCGAUGGACCGAAAGACACUCUUACCUCGCACACUCUUUGGCAGCAUAGCCCACCAAUUCCUUAGAUCUCUAAGACUCCCCGCGGACCAUCCAGCAAUCCGUCAAUACAGCCAAGAGUACACGGCAAAUGACACAGAAUCUAUUAUCGAGUUUAUCAAAGCGCAUUUUCCAGAUCAUUGUCAUUACUAUGUUAUCAUGGACGGUCUGGAUGAACUAAGUGCUGAAGAUGCUCAAGAAGUUCUCCGACCACUGGCGGAUUUACAGACCCGUCUCCAAUUACAUAUCUGCUGCUCAGUGCGGUUUGACUCCUUCAUCAGACCCAUGGUUUUUGAGCUUCUUCAAAACGUACACUCUAUCUCAAUGUCUUGUUCCCGGAAAGACCGAGAAAUUGAGGCUUACAUUAAAGGAGAGCUUAGUCGUCGAAUCCUAGCAGAGAGUUUAGACGAGGCGACCAAGGAACAUGUCCAGAAUAUACUAGUCCAAGGGGCUCAAGGAAUGUAUCUAUGGGUUGUACUUCAACUCAACGCUCUAUUCCCCUUAUACGGCGAGACUCUGACUGCUCUUGGAGACUUUUCCCGUAUUCUUGAUCGUUUACCUACCGGCCUCUUUGAAUCAUUUGAGCAGGCCCUGGGCAGAAUCAAGGAUGAUAGAUACGGAAGUCGAAUUUUUGAAAUAGUCACUGCAGCUACACGCCCAUUGACGAAAAACGAGUUACGUAGCGCCCUUAAUAUUGAACCUGGUGUGCCUUUUUGGGAUGACUCAACUCUUCCGCUGGAUGCUGAGGCUAUGGUUUACCGUUGUGGCGGUGGGCUGCUCUAUAUUGACGAAGAGGAGAAUACUGUUCACUACAUUCACCAUAGCGCAUUGAGACAUGUCCUCGUGGAAAGCGAGGCCGAAUGUCUCGAGGACCUUUCCAAAGAACAGAAUUUGGAGGGGGUAUCAAGUUCUCCCCAGAUCGAUAGUGCGAAUAACCACGGCCUUGGACCAGCUCCCGGAAAGCGUCAACAUGGGAUUUUCCUCUUCACCCUGCGCCAAGCAGACUCAACAAUAGGUUUCAUUUGCAUCACUGCUCUUAAUCUCGAGCAGCUCGACCGACGAAUUGCUCGUCAAAAGAAGCUCCUUUUUGACAACAAAUCCCUGCAGACAAUAUCAGAUGCGACUACCCGAGAAAGCCUUCUUGCUUGCUUCAUGAAGACCAUUAUCCAACAGCAACGGCCACAACAACAAACCCCGAAGUUUGACUUGGGAAGGAUUCUAGAAGUUGUUUCUACGGCCAAAUCUUCUGUGACUGUAGGCGAAGCACAAUUAUUUUUCAGCUAUGCCGAGGCACAUUGGCUUGAUCACACGUCACGACCUUGUUUCAAUCUUCAAGAAGAGACCAAGUUUAACGAUCUUUUCUUGAAGCUGAUAAGUGAGAAUGCUCCUGGUCUUAUCUUUCCCUGGGACGAUGAUAAGUCAAACAACAACAUCGCGCUCUGGGCGCAUGCCAACCGUCAUCUUCGGCUUUUACAUCACUUAUUAUGCGAUUCAAAAGGGCCAGAGUGUAGAGAUAUCGUCCAUACACUUAGCAAGGCCUCAAGAUCCCAUCUCUCUGGUUUCUUCUGCCACAAAGACCGCCUCACCGACGUCUUGUGCAGACUUGUUGACUACGACUUUCUGAAUGUAGCUGGAGUCGAAACACUACUAUGCUUGGGUGCUGAACCCAACGAAACUUAUAGAAACGGCGCCCGACAGGGUCUCACCCCGCUACAGGUGGCAAUUGAAAGAAUGACCGAGAACAAAAGCUAUGAAGCUGAUGUGGUGAGAGCCUUAUUGCAAGGCGGUGCAGACGCAAAAGUCUCAUCGAGUGGAAGGCCCCCCAUACUUAUUGCGAUCGAUGCACAUUGGGGGGUAGGAUACCAGAUGCUAUUUUUAUCUGGUGCGAGGGUAUAUCCGGUCCGCGAGUAUUUAGGUCAUGGCCGGUCAGAUUCUAUGCUAUCGGCUCUAGACCUUGCAAUGUUUCGUGGGAAAGACGCGGACGACAUGAUUACAGAUCUAUCUGAUUGCGGUGCAGAUAUCAAGCAUUAUUUUCAAGAACAGUGCUGGCCAGUCAGCUCGAGAAGUGCGAAUGAACGCCCAGCCGAUGUGUUAAAACUAUCUGCGUUCUCCGGAGAGGGUGAUGACUGGGUCAACAUCCAGCAAAUUGAAGCUCAGCAACACCAUUACCUUUCUGUCCAGGACCAAGCACAAGCGGAUUCUAGAGUUUUGAAGUGGCUGCUGAAAGCAAGGUGUGAUGUCAACAUAGUAUCAGCGAAUGGUAUGACUCCACUGGGUCUCGCAAUCGCUUUGUUAGAUGUUCGUCUCACACGAGACCUUCUAUCAGCCAGAGCGAACCCGAAUGCAAGAUAUGUAAGCACAGUAUCCGAGUGCUUCCAGUGGCCUCUCGUAGACGCCGCUCGGCAAGGAUCUGUCGAAAUCGUUCGUGUUCUUCUGGACGAGGGAGCUUCGAUACACAAACGCUCACAAGGGAAAACGAUUCUGAGGUUAGCGCUCGAGGAACAGAGGAGGCUCAACAGAAGUCUCGUUGCAAUACAAAAGGCUUUGAAUGGAUUUACGGGGAGCCUCGAAUCGGUGGUGGCUACAGACCCUUCUCUACUGAGCACUAUCACCCUUGCGAUUGUUCGACCUGCUCGAGGCUCGUUGUUGUUGAAUUAUCGGCCCAAGUUAGUGUUUCAUGAUACUUGGACUGCUAUUGCUGAUGGCGUUGAAAGUUUGUCCAAAGAAAUAUAA